AGGGCCACGCCCACUGUGCCCAGCCCAGUGAGUGCGCUGCGGUCCCACAACCAGCGCCCAGACCAACUAAGGGACGGACUGAGGGGGGCCAUCCGGGGCAGAAGUGGAUCAGCAGCGCCCCCUAGAGGCCAGGCCCUCUGCAGGCGAGGGACCCGCAGUUAUCGUACACUGCAAGGACACACUCCGUCCCUUCCCUUCACCCCCGCCCCAUGGGGACUCACCACUGCGCCUGCGCAGGUUCUGCUCUGCCCCGCCUCCUAACCGGACGUGGACUGACUUCCCACAGUGCCUCGCGAGUGGCGGGCAUGAUAACACCACCAGCAGAGUAGCGCGGACUUCAGUUGUGAUUACCCGUGGUGUUCAUUGCCGCUGUGGCCGGGCCAUUGCUUUGUCGGCCGGUGAGAUGGCGCUCCUCCGGGGUGUGUGGGGCAUGCUGAGGGUCCUGGGAAGGUCUGGAGCAGAGCUGUGCGGCUGUGGAAAUAGUCUGCGCUCACCCUUCAGUUUUGUGUAUGUUCCGAAAUGGUUUUCAUCUACCAUGAAUGGAUAUCCAAAGAAACCAAUGAAUUCAUUCCUUCGAUAUACUAGAGAAAAGAUGAAUAUAUUCAGAGCUGAAUACCCAGAAUUAAAAGUUGCAGAACUAGCGAAAAGAAUUGGAGAGCAGUGGAGGGAACUUCCUGAUGCUGAGAAAAAAAUCUAUGAAGAUGCUUAUAAGGAAGAGUGGAAGGCAUACAAAGAAGAGGUGAACAGAAUCCGUAAAGCACUAACUCCAGCUGAAUUGGCAGAAAGAAAUCUACAAGGACUUUAUAAAAGGAAACGAAUAAUAAAAAAGAAAGAAUUAUUAAUGCUUGGAAAACCAAAAAAAGCUCGCACAGCUUAUAACAUUUUUCUAUCUGAAUACCUUUCAACCAGUGAAGGUGCUACAAACCAGGAAAAAUGGAAGUCUGCAAAUGAAAACUGGAAAAAUUUGUCUAGUUCUCAAAAACUCGUAUAUGAACAACUUGCUAAAGAUGAUAAAAUACGUUAUGCUAAUGAAAUAAGAUCUUGGGAAGAACAAAUGAUUGAAAAUGGACGAAGUGAUCUUGUACGUUCCAGGCCACACCACCGAAACAGGAUCACAUGGGCAAAGAAAGACUAAUUUGUGCUCCCAGUGGAUAGGCAGAAGAACAAUUAGGUUUCAAUAUCAGAAAAUGUUGUGAAAUUAGGAAGAAUAAUGUUGGUAAACACUUUGUAUUCGUUUACUUUUUCUUUUGCUCCUGGACUGUUGCCAUUUGAAGAUAUUUUGUGUAUUUUGAAAACCCAAACAGAUGAAAGUUCAUACAGAAUUUUAUUUUGUAUUUAAGAAGUACUGGUGGUCAGAAUAAUUCAUGGGAAUGUACAGUGAAAUCAUUUUACUUUUAAUAAGGUAGAUCAGUCUGUGAAAUUUUUUUUUGCCAGAUAACAAUUAUGGAAAUAUUCAUAUACUUUAUAUUAUAUAUAUAGACAGAGGUUUUUUCAAAAUGGUCACAAAUUGUGGAAGCCACACUGUACCUUUGGAAAAAAGGAACCAGAGGCUAGGUGUGGUGUCUCACACCUGUAAUCCCAGCAGUCAGGAGGCCUAGGCAGGAGUAUUGCUGCAAGUUCAACUCCAGCCUGAAUUAUAGCGCAAGAUGCUUUCUUAAAACAACAAAAGAGGAACCGGAGCCCUGUGUGGUGGUGCAUAUUUACAGUCCAGCACUCAA